ACUCUGCUGCUGUUUCUCAGACUGUGCACUUGGUGUUUGUUAGAACUAGAAAAUGGCAGAAGUGAUUUCUCAGGAGGAAGACUCUUUCACAUGUCCAGUGUGUCUGGAUCUGCUGAACGAUCCAUUGGCUAUUCCCUGUGGACAUCAUUUCUGUCUGAGGUGCAUUAAGGGCUGCUGGGAUCAGGAGGACCAGAAAGGAGUCUACAGCUGCCCCCUGUGCAAACACACCUUCACUCCCAGACCUGUCCUCUACAAAAACCCUCUUAUUGCUGAUAUGGUGGAGAAAUUUAGGAGGACCAGAAUCCAAUCCUGCUCACGUCAUAAGAAGGUUCUUGAGAUAUUUUGUCGUACCGAUCAGAAUUGUAUCUGCCUUAUGUGUCUGAUGGACGAUCAUAAAGACCACGACACAGUCACAGCUGCUGCAGAACGGACUAACAAACAGGUGCAGUUGGGGCAGAGCCAGAGGAGAUUCCAGCAGAGACUCCAGGAGAGAGAGAAGGAGCUGCAGGAGCUGAGGAAGGCUGUGGAGACUCUCAAGAGCUCUGCACAGACAGCAGUGGAGGACAGUGAGAGGAUCUUUACUGAGAUGAUCCGCUCCAUUGAGAGAAGGCGCUCUGAGGUGACAGAGCUGAUCAGAGCUCAGGAGAAGGCUGAGGUGAGUCGGGCUGAAGGACUCCUGAAGCGAAUGGAGCAGGAGAUUGCUGAGCUGAAGAGGAGAGAUGUUGAGCUGGAGCAGCUUUCACACACAAAAGAUCACAUCCAAUUCCUCAAGAAUAUCCCAUCAAUCAGAGACUCUCCUCACUCUAAAGACUUACCCAGCGUGACCUUCAACCAGAGUUUCUCUUUUGAGGUGGUGAAGGAAUCUGUGUCUGCAGUGAAGGUGCAGCUGAAGGAGAAACUGGAUGGCAUCUUCAAGCAGGAAGUAACCAAGAUAUCUGCAGCAGUGAAGCGCAUCCAGAUCAUCAGGUCUUUAGAAUGUACUGAUCCUGAACUUCCAGUCAAAAGAAUUGACAGUAUGGAACACCUGCCACCAGCCAUGUCUGAUGUCCAUGCUGUUUUUCCUGAAUCAGUGACCAGAAAAGACCUUUUGCGGUAUUGCUGUCACUUCACACUGGAUCCAAACACAGCACAGAUAAACCUCCAUCUCUCUGAGGGGAACAGGAGGGUGGAGAGGAGAGCUGAGCUCCAGUCAUAUCCUGAUCAUCCAGAGAGAUUUGAUGGGUAUAGUCAGGUGCUGUGUAGAGAGGGUGUGUCUGGACGCUGCUACUGGGAGGUGGAGCGGAGUGGGGAGUGGGUUCGUAUAGCAGUCUCAUAUAAAAGCAUCAGCAGGAAAGGACUGGGUGAUGAGUGUGUGUUUGGAGGUAAUGAUCAGUCCUGGAGUCUAGAACCCCGCUGCUCCAGCUCCUAUUUCUGGCACGAUAAUAAAUGGACUAAACUCCCUCUAGUGGCCAGCUCCAGAAUAGGAGUGUAUGUGGAUCACAGGACAGGAACUCUGGCCUUCUACAGCAUCUCUGACACAAUCACCCUCCUGCACAGAGUCCAGACCACAUUCACUCACACACUCUACCCUGGGUUUGUGGUAAAUACUAGAUCAUCAGUGAAGUUAUUGUGACUGACAUCCAGCUGCUGUUAGUAACGCUACACACAUCCAUCACAUCUCAGCUGCUGUUAGUAACGCUACACACAUCCAUCACAUCUCAGCUGCUGUUAGU